GAAUUCUAUUCUGUUCUGUUCUGUUCUGUUCUGUUCUAUUCUAUAUUGGCCAAGAGUGAUUCGACACACAAGGAAUUUCUCUUGGUGCGUAUGCUCUCAGUGUACAUAAAAGAAAAGAUACGUUCAUCAAGAAUCAUUAAGGUACAACAUUUAAUGAUAAUCAGAGAAGAGAAGAGAAGAGAAUUUUUUAUUGGCCAAGUGUGAUUGGACACACAAGGAAUUUGUCUUGGUGCAUAUGCUCUCAGUGUACAUAAAAUAAAAGAUACCUUCGUCAAGGUGCAACACUUACAACACUUAAUGAUAGUCACAAGGUGUUGGAUCUGGCAGUUCGUCCCUGUGGGAACUUAUGGGCAAUGCGAUGGUGAUGACCCAGUUUGUUCGUCUUACUCCAGAUAUCCAAAGCAAGCAGGGUGCUGUCUGGAACAGAGUGCCUUGUUACUUGAGAGACUGGGAGAUGCAGGUGCAUUUCAAAAUCCAUGGACAAGGGAAGAAAAACCUUAAUGGUGAUGGAUUUGCCAUCUGGUACGCCAAGGAUCGGAUGCAGCCAGGGCCGGCCUUUGGCAGCAAGGAUACCUUCAUAGGGCUGGGCGUGUUUGUAGACACCUAUCCCAAUGAGGAGAAGCAGCAAGAGGCCCAGAAGAAGAGGUAUUCUUCAGGAAACCAGCGUGUCUUCCCGUACGUCUCGGCCAUGGUCACCAACGGGACCCUUGUCUACGACCAUGAGAGGGACGGGAGGCCGACCGAACUCGGGGGUUGCACGGCCAUCAUUCGCAACCUGGAGCACGACACGUUCCUGGUGAUCCGCUACGUGAAGAGGAGGCUUACUGUCCUGCUCGACAUUGACGGAAAGCACGAAUGGAGAGAUUGCAUUGACGUUCCCAGAGUCCACUUACCACGUGGAUACUUCUUCGGGAUCUCUUCCGCCACCGGAGACUUGUCAGACAAUCACGACAUCAUUUCUCUGAAAACAUACCAGCUGACGGUUGACCGGACGCUGGAAGAAGAGAAGCGCGACAAAGAAGUUUUCCUUCCUGUGGUGGAGAACAUGAAACUUCCUGGGAUGGUGACGCCGAUGGAGCCCAUGAGCGGCCUUGCUCUCUUCUUGAUUGUCUUCUUUUCGCUGGUGGCCAUCGUCUUCGCCAUCGUCGUCGGCGUGAUCGUUUACAACAAAUGGCAAGAACGGAGCCGGAAACAUUUCUACUGACCCGCAGGCCUCCUCCUCGUCGAUUCCUGGAUGGCCAUCAGCGGGGGGUGGGUGGGUGGGAAAUCAUGGGAAAACAGGCAGCUCAACUCGGGAAGCCCCGUCCAGGGGGGCUUCUGGCUCCUAAUCCUAACACGGGCCUGACGUUGGACCGGCGGUCUCCUUGCGGUGGUGAGACAUCACUGUUAUCUCCACUCUUCCCUUUGCCUUCCUCGAACGAAGUUCUCAGCACUGACUUUCGGCGGGACGUUUGACGGGCUUUCGUCAGCCUCUCCCCGAGGAUGUAGCACACCGUGGGACCUCCUCCAUUGACUCGUUUGGUGGACGGACAUUUAAUCGAGAGAUUUGGAGCUGCCGUCCUCAUCCCCUCUAGCGGCGGAGUUUGUUGAAAGAUGGGAAACCGUGGUUUGGGGGAAACGUCAAGGUAGUGGCACCAAGGAACUUGGGAUUAUGGUCAUCGGCAGCAACGAACGGAAUGUUUGUUUGGGAUGCCUUAAGUAGCAUAUUCCUGCCUGGAGGACAAAGGUAGAAACCCUCGUAGCUGAAGUGAGAAACCAAGGAUCUUAUUUUGUUCAGCCCUGCAACCCAAUAUCUUUUCUCCUCGUUCUUCGUAGAUAAGGAAAAGAAUCAGAGGGAAACCACUAUACUGCUGAAUCAACCGACGUGAAUCUCUCUGCUCCCUGAGCACAAUUUUGCCCUCCUCCUCCUCCUCCAUUUCUUCCUUCUUCUGCUUCUCCCUUUUUUUCCUCCUCCUUCCUUCCCUCCGCUUUCUCUCCUCCAUUUCUUCCUUCUUUCUUCCUCGCCCAUUUCCCCCCUCCCGUCUGUCCUCUGACAUUUUUUUUGGCUGCCUCUCAUGGUCUCUCAGCUGCAUGCGUGUUUUUCCCUGGGCGAAACGAGGUGGACCUGGCCCCUCGAAGGGACGACACCCCGUGGGUUCUUGCUGUGCUUCCAAGCGAUCCUUGAAUGUGUUUUUUUGAGUCAAGAUUUGGAAAACGGUGAAGCUUCUUGGGCAGCUGGUGGGAUUUAGAGCAAAGUGGGGAGGGGUGGGGUAAUUGUUGGUCAAACUAUUUCAAAAGAUGCUUUCGUCCGCUGAUUCUCCAUAGUGUGGCGAUGGGAGGUGCCAUUCUGGGUUAUUCUAGUCUCUAGCUCUAGGGUCUUGAGUUGAAAAAAUUCUGAGGAUCCGCCUCCCUGGUGACGUUCCCCAGCUUUUUUCAACUCAGCCUCAGCUAUGGUCGCUUAAUUUUUAGCUCUAAAAUCUCCCCUGAGGACGUGCCUGGCCUCAGCAGGGCGCUGGCAGA